AUGUCAUACGAGCGAGAGUGCUAUACAACCCCUGCACCAGGCCCUGGUCAUAGCUCUCUCCACAGCCCCACCAUCCCUUCACCACAUACUCAACCCCCAGUCCCCAUAACACAACACACACGUUCCACAACACCACCAGAACCACCACCCAAUCACCACACCAUGAACAUCCUAAACACCUCCGCCACCCUCAAAAGCUCCUCCCUCCUCCCGCCCGGCGCCUCCAAAGCCCUCGUCGACAGCCUCCUGCGCAACCACGACCUGCUAAUCCGCCUCGACCCGGAGCUCUCCACCUACGUCGAACUGCCCACCCUUGAGAACGCGCCCCAUGCCAAGCUGUACAAGGUAACCGACAUCAUGCAUGCGCUGCCGCGUGGCCUGUGGGACUCCACGGUGAGCUUUGAGGCGCAGAUGAGCAAUCCGGCGGAGGGGUGCUUGGAGUGGAUCAUUCGGGCGCCGCUGGGCUUGGUGCAGACGAGUAUUUGGAGUGUGAGAGAGGGCGAUGAGGUUGGGGUGAGGGAGGGUGGAGGGGAGAGGUUGUGGUUGGUGGAAGAGGUGGAGAUCAAGGGGAGUAGGCUGAUUGUGGGGACGGUGAAGGCAAAAUGUGAGGCCAAUUGGGAGGGGGUGCAUGGGAGGUUCAAGGGGCAUUUGGAGGAUGCUAUGAGGAAGGAAAGUAGUGCAUAG